AUGCCUGACAGGGAUGGGGACCACGAUGUGAUAGAGCCCGAUUCUUCAAGCGGCAGCGAGGAGGACGUGCCUCAAUCGGAGAUUGGGGCCCGUCCGGUAAGGAACAAGCGAGAUGGACUGGUGUUCGACUUCAUCGGGCCAGAAGACCUGGCGGAACUGGCUCGCAUCGCAUCGACUUUCCCCCUACGUCGUGCUUCUGAUUCUGGCGUGUCAGGAAUGCCGGAUGCCGAGCGGAAAGACACACUAGAAGAUGUCGAGCUGGGAGAUCCAGUGUUAGAUCCGACUUCUGAUCAGUUUGAUCAUUACAAAUGGGCUCGAAUGAUGUUGAAGCUGAUGGACAAGGAGGGAGUGCCUGUGCGGAAAUCGACGGGCGUAGUCUGGCAAGAUCUCAACAUCUCUGGGACUGGAGCCGCACUUCAAUACCAGAAUAAUGUUGGCUCGGUUGCCUUAGCUCCCAUUCGGCCCCAGGAGUACAUCUCUUGUGGAAAACGAUCUACCCAAAAGCGAAUCCUGCGCAACUUUGAUGGCGCAUUGAAGAGCGGCGAACUGUUGAUCGUUCUGGGGAGACCAGGAAGUGGAUGCUCGACCUUACUCAAGACUCUCUCCGGUGAGCUACACGGACUCAAACUGGAAAAGGGAUCUGAUAUUCAGUACAACGGUAUUCCGAUGGAGAGGAUGCACAAAGAGUUCAAGGGCGAGGUUUUGUACAAUCAGGAGGUUGACAAACAUUUCCCUCAUCUCACCGUUGGCCAGACCCUUGAGUUUGCAGCAGCAGCUAGGACUCCUGAGAAUCGACUGAACGGCAUCAGCCGCACACGUUAUGCGAAGCAUAUUACCCAGGUGGCAAUGGCAGUGUUGGGAUUGAGUCAUACCUACAACACCAAAGUUGGCGAUGACUAUAUUCGUGGAGUUUCCGGAGGGGAGCGGAAACGAGUCAGUAUCGCAGAGAUGGCACUUUCUGGUGCCCCUGUUGGUGCAUGGGACAACAGUACCAGAGGCUUAGACUCUGCAAGCGCUUUGGAAUUUACCAAAUCCUUGAGAGUGUCGGCCGACUUGAGCGGAAGCUGCCAUGCGGUUGCAAUCUAUCAGGCUUCCCAAGCGAUAUACGAUAUCUUCAACAAGGUGAUUGUUCUCUAUGAAGGCAGGCAGAUCUUCUUCGGUCCAUGCAAUCAAGCAAAAGACUACUUCUUGGAAAUGGGCUGGGAUUGCCCGCCACGCCAAACAGUCGGCGAUUUCUUAACCUCCGUGACAAAUCCCCAAGAACGUAAAGCUCGCGAUGGGAUGGAGAACAAAGUUCCUCGAACGCCAGACGACUUUGAGAAAUACUGGAAGAGCAGUCCUCAGCAUGCUGCGCUUCAAAAGGAGAUGGAGGAAUACAGAGAGGAGUAUCCAGUUGGUGGAUCUGCCGGCAAGGAUUUCACUGCGACGAAACGAUUGCGGCAAGCGAAGCACGUUCGCCCGAAAAGUCCCUAUGUCAUUUCAGUUCCCAUGCAGGUCAAGCUAUGCACGAAACGGGCUUAUCAACGCAUCUGGAACGACAAACCUUCUACCUUGACCACCGUGAUUGGACGCAUAGUCAUGGCCUUGAUCAUCGGGUCAAUCUAUUUUGGGUAUGGCAUCUUGUCGGGAAAUUUCGACGGCAAUACUAACGCACAUAGAACACCCAAUGCAUCUGCAGGAUUCCAAAGUAAAGGAGCGGCGCUUUUCUUCUCAGUCCUGAUGAAUGCUCUGAUCAGUAUCACAGAAAUCAACUCUCUGUAUGACCAACGCCCAAUCAUUGAGAAGCAAGCGUCUUACGCUUUCGUUCACCCAUUCACGGAGUCACUGGGCGGCAUAGUGGCUGAUAUACCAGUGAAGUUUGCCGCUGCUAUAGUAUUCAACAUCAUCUUCUAUUUCUUGGCAGGACUACGAUACGAAGCCUCUCAAUUCUUCAUCUUCUUUCUCUUCACUUUCCUCAGCACAUUGGUAAUGUCAUGUGUGUUCCGAACUCUAGCCGCAUCUACGAAAACGCUCUCCCAGGCUAUGUCUAUGGCCGGUGUGAUGGUUCUAGCGAUCAUCAUAUAUACAGGAUUUGUGAUCACAGUACCGGAGAUGAGCAAUAUUCCUUGGUUUAGCUGGAUCCGGUGGAUCAAUCCAGUCUUCUAUACCUUUGAAGCUUUGGUUGCAAACGAGUUCCACGGCCGCCGGUUUGAAUGCUCGCAAUUCAUUCCCGGAUACCCCAGUCUUACCGGAGACUCUUUCAUCUGCGCCGUGCGAGGUGCGGUGGCCGGAGAGAGGACAGUAUCUGGGGAUGCAUACAUCCAAAGUCAGUACACGUAUACAUACGCGCACGAGUGGCGAAAUCUUGGAAUCUUGAUCGGGUUUUGGAUCUUUUUCUUGGCGGUGUAUCUGCUUGCCUCUGAACUCAAUUCGUCUACGUCUUCCAAGGCAGAGUUUCUUGUUUUCCGACGAGGUCAUGUUCCAGCCCAGCUCCGACAUCUCGAGAAGGGAACAGGAGAAUCCGGCUCGACAGAAGUUGGUCAGACGGAAAAGAAGCAGGCGGAAAAGAAAUCCGAAAAUGACACGCAGGGAUCAGCUAUUCCUGCACAGCAUGACAUAUUUACUUGGAGAAAUGUCUGCUAUGACAUCCCAGUCAAAGGUGGAGAGCGUCGUCUCCUGGACAAUGUUUCCGGCUGGGUCAAACCAGGCACCUUAACGGCUUUGAUGGGCGUUUCUGGCGCUGGAAAGACAACACUACUUGACGUUCUGGCUAAGCGAGUCUCCAUUGGUGUCGUCACAGGGGAUAUGCUCGUCAAUGGUAAACCGCUAGACACCAGUUUCCAGCGGAAAACUGGCUAUGUCCAGCAGCAAGACUUACACCUUCCGACCACCACAGUCAGAGAGGCGCUCCGAUUCAGUGCGAUGUUGCGUCAGGCAAAGACCGUUUCAAAGAAAGAAAAAUACAAGUAUGUCGAAGAGGUGAUUGACAUGCUUGGUAUGCAAGAUUUCGCAGAUGCUAUUGUUGGAACACCAGGUGAAGGCUUGAACGUCGAGCAGAGGAAACUUCUGACUAUUGGCGUGGAGCUGGCAGCCAAGCCUGCACUUCUCAUCUUCCUUGAUGAGCCUACGAGUGGGUUAGACUCGCAGAGCUCCUGGGCAAUUUGCGCCUUCUUACGCAAGCUCGCUGAGCAUGGGCAGGCGGUUUUGUCGACGAUUCACCAACCGAGUGCAUUGCUCUUCCAACAGUUCGACCGUCUACUCUUCCUUGCCAAAGGAGGUAGGACUGUCUAUUUUGGAGAAAUCGGUGAUCAGUCCCGGGUGCUAUUAGACUACUUUGAAGGCAACGGCGCCAGGACGUGCGACUCAUCGGAAAACCCCGCGGAGUACAUGCUGGAGAUUAUCGGUGCAGGCGCCUCUGGGAAGUCCACGCAGGAUUGGCCCCAGGUGUGGAAUCAAAGCCAGCAGGCCAAAGGCGUUCAGGCUGAAAUUGACCGGAUUCAUGACGAGCGAGCUUCGGCAGAGACCAGCAAUGAGGGCCAAUCUCAACAGGGUGAAUAUGCAAUGCCGUUCACUGCACAACUAUGGCUCGUUACCCAUCGGUCUUUCCAAGCCUUCUGGCGCGAGCCAUCAUACGUGUGGGCGAAGAUCAUGCUGGGAACAAUGUCAUCUCUCUUCAUUGGAUUCACAUUCUUCAAGCCUGACAGCUCCCUGCAGGGAUUCCAAGAUGUCUUAUUCAGUGCGUUCAUGCUGACAUCGAUUUUCUCAACCUUGGUGCAACAAAUCAUGCCAAAGUUUGUCGUUCAGCGGUCCCUCUACGAGGUCCGCGAACGACCCUCAAAGGCCUACUCGUGGGGAGCCUUCCUCAUAGCAAAUGUUAUCGUCGAGCUACCAUACCAAGUCUUUGUCGGUGUGAUCAGCUGGGCCUGUUACUACUACCCGAUAUACGGCUCAGAGCAAGCGUCCCAUCGACAAGGUCUGAUGCUGCUAUUCGUGGUACAGUUCUAUAUUUUCACAUCCACUUUCGCAUCACUCGUGAUAUCCUCGCUACCAGAUGCCGAAACAGGUGGAACAAUCGCUACCUUGAUGUUCAUCAUGACGCUGACAUUCAACGGCGUGAUGCAAGCGCCGUCGGCUCUCCCUGGAUUCUGGAUAUUCAUGUACCGUGUAUCACCCUUGACGUACUUGGUUGCAGGCAUCACCGCCACGGGCCUGCAUGGCCGGGCGAUUCACUGCGCCGCAGCUGAACUGAGCGUUUUCAACCCCCCUGCUGGAUUAACGUGCGGUGCAUACCUCGACCCGUACGUCAAGGCCGCUGGCGGUCAGCUGUACAAUCCGACCGCUACAAGUGGCUGCGAGUACUGCCAACUGCAGAAUGCAGAUCAGUAUCUAUCUGCGAGUAAUAUCUUUUACAGCGAGCGUUGGCGCAACUUCGGCAUUGGAUGGGCGUACAUUGGGUUCAAUGUGGCUGGCACUGUUCUGCUCUAUUACAUGUUCCGUGUAAAGCAUUACAAUCCAACUUCAUUGGUGCGCGGGAUUGGGCAAGGGGCAGCCUUUGUAUGCCGGGUCUUCAAGCGGCGGUCUGGACAGACACCCAAGGGCAAAGAGGCCAACAAUGGCCGACUUGUUUGA